AUGUCUGAUGUUGAGGCCACGUACGCAGACUUCAUCGCCUCCGGCAGGACGGGCAGAAGGAACGCCCUGCACGACAUCCUGCAGAGCCCCACCGACCCCGAGGGACGAGAGAUGUCCCUCACCCUUUCUCUGUCCCAGCUGCACAUCAAUGCAGGAGGAGGAGAUGGAGACGACACCGAGGACAGCCAGAGCUCGUCGUCCUCGGCUCAGAGGGAGUCGGAACAGAGGAACAGCUAA